GUGCCCCGAGACACUUGGGCACUUGUUAAAUAUACUAAUGAAAGAAAGUAAAAGACAAAGUUAAUGCUAGAAAGAUGACUUUUUAUGUUUUUAAUGUAUUAAAUGCACAAGUUUCAAGAUAAAACUUUCAUAUUAGUAUGCUUAACUAGUGCACCGCGGGCACUGUUUAGCAUUUUCCUAAAUUUUAUCUUCUGCAUUUUGCAAUGUCCAUUCUAACUGAAUUAUGUUCAAAGUAGUAUUAUUUACCAAUGUUAUAAGUUCUAAAAGUAUACUUCCUAUAUGUUAUAAGUUAUAAAAAGUAGAGUUUUUUCUUUUUUGCCUAGUCUCUGCUAGGGUUUGCUUUCUUCUCUCUUGAGAAGCUUGUUCAUUAAUUGGCACUAUUGCUGAAGGAGUUUUUUGAGUUUACACACAAAUAAUCUAAGCAUCCAUGUCUAGUAUUAAUCUGGAAGACUUGUCCCUGCAGGAGGAGGGAGAGGAGGAAGGAUUCGUUUUUGAUAUUGAAGAGGAAGGAGAUGAACAAAUUGAUUUUCGUUGGUGCCUUGUGGGAAGAUUCCUAACUGAUCGAACCAUUCACGUUAAUUCCAUGAAAACAACAAUGGCAGAUUUCUGGCGGCCUGUGCAUGGAGUGAAGAUCAAAGAAGCAAAGAAGGGUCUUUUCUUAUUCCAAUUUUCUCACGAAUUGGAUAUGGAAGAAGUACUCCAAGGGGGUCCUUGGAAUUUUGAUAAUCACAUGCUCAUCAUGGAGAGAGUCCAGAUAGGAGUACAAAUUGAAAACAUUCCAUUGUACCAUGUUGAUUUCUGGGUACAAGUGCAUAAUCUUCCUGUGGGUCUUAUGGUGGAGAAGGUUGGACAAAAACUGGCCAAUUACAUUGGCUUGUUUGUGGAGUAUGACAAGAACAACAAUAGCAGUUUUUGGAGACAAUACAUGCGUCUACGAGUCCGUGUUGAUGUCCGUCAGCCACUUAAGAAGGACACAAGAGUCAAAAAUAAAGGAGGAGAGUGGUGUAAUGUUAAUUUCAAAUAUGAGAAAUUGGGAGUCUUUUGUUUUGUCUGUGGAAUCCUUGGACAUGCUGAAAAUAAAUGUAAAGUUCGUUUUGCUAUGGAGAAUGAUGAUGGAAUUAGAGAAUGGUCAAAUGAACUGAGAGCUGAACCGAGAAGACGCGGUGGCCGGCCAACGUCGCGGUGGCUAAAGGAGGAGGGAAGUAGCAGUGGAGCUUCCGGUGGAAGAAGGAAACCAGGUACAGAAUUCAGUGAUGGUAGAAACACAGUGGACCCCUCACACCCAAGCAGCCAAUCAAUGCACGCCAACACAGACCAUCAAAACGCCAUUAUUGUCCCAUCAGUUUCAGCAAACGGUAAUGUUAUAAUUCCUGAAAUCAAUGCACAGCCAUCAAUUCAAUCAGACAUAACCGUCCCACUCCAGUCAAAUGUGAUCACCCCCCGUUCAUUACCCAAUCAUAACCUGCCUCAACCAUCAUUGCUCAAUAACCAGCCGCCACUACAAAACCUUUCAAUACCAGACAACAUUAUCAAUGCCCAAUUAUUACCCAAUAAUAACCUAACUGUCCCACCACUCAGCUUUACACCAAAAAUAACUGAUGCAAUCAAUAAAUCCCUUUCAUUCACAUCACCAGCCAUGGCCCACCUUGACAAACUCGACACAAAAGUGAACCGAGCCAUCCAAUUAAAACUGAACCACAAACCGAACCGGACCCAAAGCAAUCUGAACCGAACCAGCCUUACCAACAAUCCAAACGAACAGAACCCAAGCAUGAACCGAAACAACACUGAAGCUAUGGAAAUCCAGUUAGAGAAAAAAAGAAGGAGGGAGGAAGAUAAGAAGGAAACUGAGUCAAACCAACAUUUUUUAUCGGCAGGUCCUGGCAGCCAGGCCUGCCGGGACCAAUGAUUGUUCUCAGUUGGAAUUGCCGAGGGUUGAGCGUCCCGAGUGCAAUUCCUAAUCUCCGAAACAUAGCUCAGGGUCACAAACCAGACGUUCUUUUUUUAUCUGAAACUCUGUCCAAGUCUCAAAAAAUGGAGAAUAUUCGAGUUAUGCUAAAAUACGACUCUUGUCUAACGGUUGAUGUUGAAGGGAGAAGUGGUGGUCUAGCUAUCAUGUGGAAGGACAGUGUGAAGUGUAGAGUGAUGAACUACUCUCGGAACUUUAUUAACCUUAUUGUUGAAGAUGUUGAGAAAGGAGCUUGGAGGUUGACCUGCUACUACGGCUACCCUGAAAGAAGUAGAAGGCGAAUGGCGUGGGAUUUGCUCAGAGAACUAAGGGAUAUGUGAAAUUUACCAUGGUGUAUUAUGGGGGAUUUCAACAAUCUCUUAUCACAAGAAGACAAAAGAGGUUCGCUCUCGCAUCCAAAUUGGUUGUGCUCAGGCUUCCGAAGUGCAGUCAAUGACUGUGACCUCACAGAUAUUUACCUUGAAGGUUAUCCCUUUACGUGGAUACAGAGUGGCUCUCGAAAUUCCCAAAUGCUAAACUCAUCAACUUGUUGACGUCUCACUCAGAUCACAGCCCAAUACUACUCCAAUGCAAUCCAACAGUCAAACAACAAUACAAGUAUGAGUUCAGAUUUGAAAAUAGAUGGCUAAAGGAGGAAGACAUAGGAGAGGUGGUGAAUGAAGGAUGGAACAACGGGGAAGGCCUUGGAAUUAUGAACAGACUCACUAAUUGCGCAGAUAGACUCCAAAGAUGGGGAAGAAGAAAAAAGAAGAGAUUUAAAGAAGAGAUCAUGGAGGCUGAGGCUGAAAUGGAACGAUUAAGAGAUAAAAAUGAUACAUCCAGCAUAGCCAGAUUCAAUGAAGCCCAAAAUCAACAUGUUAAAGCUCUAAUUCAAGAAGAAGCUUUUUGGAGACAAAGGGCUAAAAUGCAUUGGUUAAAGGAGGGUGAUCUCAACACAAAAUUUUUCCACAUGUCUGCAAGUGCAAGAGCAAAGGUGAAGAAAAUAGAGAAGCUGAGGGGUGAUGAUGAUGAAGUUGUUACAGGCCAGCAUAACCUCGGGGAAGUAGUACGAAAAUAUUUUCUAGAGCUUUUCCGACCGAAAGGAGGGACACAAGAACCAGUACUGUCUCUAAUCUCCUCCAGAGUAUCAGUUUAAGAUAAUGAAUGGCUAGUAGCAGCUAUAACAAAAGAAGAAAUUCGCAAUGCGCUUUUUCAAAUGCAUCCAGAUAAGUCCCCUGGCCCAGAUGGAUUCAAUCCAGCAUUUUUCCAAAAAUUUAAAUCAAUGCACAGCCAUCAAUUCAAUCAGGCAUAACCGUCCCACUCCAGUCAAAUGUGAUCACCCCCCGUUCAUUACCCAAUCAUAACCUGCCUCAACCAUCAUUGCUCAAUAACCAGCCGCCACUACAAAACCUUUCAAUACCAGACAACAUUAUCAAUGCCCAAUUAUUACCCAAUAAUAACCUAACUGUCCCACCACUCAGCUUUACACCAAAAAUAACUGAUGCAAUCAAUAAAUCCCUUUCAUUCACAUCACCAGCCAUGGCCCACCUUGACAAACUCGACACAAAAGUGAACCGAGCCAUCCAAUUAAAACUGAACCACAAACCGAACCGGACCCAAAGCAAUCUGAACCGAACCAGCCUUACCAACAAUCCAAACGAACAGAACCCAAGCAUGAACCGAAACAACACUGAAGCUAUGGAAAUCCAGUUAGAGAAAAAAAGAAGGAGGGAGGAAGAUAAGAAGGAAACUGAGUCAAACCAACAUUUUUUAUCGGCAGGUCCUGGCAGCCAGGCCUGCCGGGACCAAUGAUUGUUCUCAGUUGGAAUUGCCGGGGGUUGAGCGUCCCGAGUGCAAUUCCUAAUCUCCGAAACAUAGCUCAGGGUCACAAACCAGACGUUCUUUUUUUAUCUGAAACUCUGUCCAAGUCUCAAAAAAUGGAGAAUAUUCGAGUUAUGCUAAAAUACGACUCUUGUCUAACGGUUGAUGUUGAAGGGAGAAGUGGUGGUCUAGCUAUCAUGUGGAAGGACAGUGUGAAGUGUAGAGUGAUGAACUACUCUCGGAACUUUAUUAACCUUAUUGUUGAAGAUGUUGAGAAAGGAGCUUGGAGGUUGACCUGCUACUACGGCUACCCUGAAAGAAGUAGAAGGCGAAUGGCGUGGGAUUUGCUCAGAGAACUAAGGGAUAUGUGAAAUUUACCAUGGUGUAUUAUGGGGGAUUUCAACAAUCUCUUAUCACAAGAAGACAAAAGAGGUUCGCUCUCGCAUCCAAAUUGGUUGUGCUCAGGCUUCCGAAGUGCAGUCAAUGACUAUGACCUCACAGAUAUUUACCUUGAAGGUUAUCCCUUUACGUGGAUACAGAGUGGCUCUCGAAAUUCCCAAAUGCUAAACUCAUCAACUUGUUGACGUCUCACUCAGAUCACAGCCCAAUACUACUCCAAUGCAAUCCAACAGUCAAACAACAAUACAAGUAUGAGUUCAGAUUUGAAAAUAGAUGGCUAAAGGAGGAAGACAUAGGAGAGGUGGUGAAUGAAGGAUGGAACAACGGGGAAGGCCUUGGAAUUAUGAACAGACUCACUAAUUGCGCAGAUAGACUCCAAAGAUGGGGAAGAAGAAAAAAGAAGAGAUUUAAAGAAGAGAUCAUGGAGGCUGAGGCUGAAAUGGAACGAUUAAGAGAUAAAAAUGAUACAUCCAGCAUAGCCAGAUUCAAUGAAGCCCAAAAUCAACAUGUUAAAGCUCUAAUUCAAGAAGAAGCUUUUUGGAGACAAAGGGCUAAAAUGCAUUGGUUAAAGGAGGGUGAUCUCAACACAAAAUUUUUCCACAUGUCUGCAAGUGCAAGAGCAAAGGUGAAGAAAAUAGAGAAGCUGAGGGGUGAUGAUGAUGAAGUUGUUACAGGCCAGCAUAACCUCGGGGAAGUAGUACGAAAAUAUUUUCUAGAGCUUUUCCGACCGAAAGGAGGGACACAAGAACCAGUACUGUCUCUAAUCUCCUCCAGAGUAUCAGUUGAAGAUAAUGAAUGG